AUUGGCCUCCACAGGCCAAGAGGCUCCGAGAGGGGGCCGCUGUUCGGAGAAUCUUUGGUUGCUCAAUGAGUAGAGGCUUGGGGAUGAUCCAGAUCUGAUGAAUUGUCGUGUAUAAUAUAGUAUAAUAAUGCAUGAUAUUUCUUUCAACGAUAAGAUGAGGAUCAACGAGAUAGGCUGGCUACUUUCUCCUUUGCAACCUUCUCUGGGCUUUUCAAUUUCCACCAAGGAAUGGGUUGUUUGAAUUUCAGAAGAUAUGCCCUGCUACUUGGAAAGACUACGAACCAGUGAACUGGCCAACCACUAUGUUCCCAGCCAAAGACUAUCCGGUUUUGCAGCAACAUAUUGGGAUGUUUUACUUGUUGAAAGUGAACAGCGGAGCCUGGGGGUCCCGGGGCUCUUAAAUCACCUCCCCCACCCACACCCAAACCACCCAAUACACGCUCAAACCGAAAGAAAGCAGACUUUCUGUUGACAUCUCCAGAGGUGAGAUUCCAGUCAAUGUAAUAUGAUGCUCGUAACAGUCGUAACAUCAACCCUUCCGGCUCCAUUUCAACGGCGCACCGAAACGCAUUUUUUCCGCAGCGUUUGGGGGUUCACUUUCUUGGACCGGUCAUGCUGGCGCUCUGCAAUGAAGCCAGCCCACGUGAGCCGGAGACCCUUCCAGAGUUCGCCUACCGAAUGCUCUCCACCACAGGCGCCUUAUCCGAGAAACGUGCUGCGUGGCCGGUCUAUCACAACCUGCUUCGAGAGAGAGAGAAUCCCUUCAUCUUUGGCCGUCGUUCCUUCCUGCGAACCAUGCAACUGACGGGACCCAGGCGGAGAAAGACAGAUGGCUUGACCUUGAUGCAAGGCAUCUGGGACGAAUGGAAGGCCACGCACCCGCCUUGUGGUGGUGCCCAUACCCUUGCGCCGCGCAACGCCUUGGAGGGCCUUCAGAGCUUCGGGGAGGAGGCGCUGGCAGCGGUGGCGCGCCUGGUGCAUCAACGACCCUCCACCCUGAAGGAGAAGGGCUUCAUGGAGGCUGCGAAAAAGGAGUGGGAUCAGAUGAGCGUUCCUCAUCAGCUGCUUUGGGCGACGAAGAGCGUCGCGCGCGCCAAAUCCAGUCCUCCCAAAAGCACGCCACGUCCGAAGAAGCGGAAAAGGUCUUCAACGCCAGGGCAACAGAUGCCCUUGCUGCCGCCUGGCUUCCACAAAAGAUCAACUCCGUCCUCUGACAUUUAUGGCCAAGGUUCGGAGGCGGCCUUCAGCCACCCCUUGGUGCAGAGCCUCCUGGAGCACGCGCGGAAGCGUGUCUCGUUGGGCCUGGACUGGGUGCUGUGUGUGCGGAGCUAUGCGCGGAGUGGCCUCGACCCGGAGAGCGGCAAGACACAGAAGGGAGGUAUCAUGUCUUUGACCUUGAAGAUGCUCGAAGAGCUUGGACUCCUAUCAGACCCCGAGUCGCGACGCCGCUUGCACAUCUUCGUGGCGCACGAUGAUCCGCAUUUCACCAAGGGCUGCUAUGAGAAGCUCCUGGGCGACCUUGGCGAUCGUCUGGUCGUCGGGGUGCGCGGUGCCGAUCUGCAGGUGAGGUUCAUUGAAGAGUGCUUCCCCAUUGGUCAGCAUGUGGUGGUGUGCGAUGACAACAUUGUGAGCCUCCAACGUGUUGCUGGAGAAAGAAGGAUCUCCGGGUCGAAGAAGCUGCCCCCGCUGGAGGUGGAGCCCCUGGACCUUUCGAAGCAGAUCCUGCAUGCGGCGAAAGAGAUGAACCAAACGAAUGCACACCUGUGGGGCAUCUCACCAACCAACAACACGAUGUUUCUCCAAAACGCGCAUGAGCUCAAGUCCAGCUUGGGCUUGAUCUUUGGUGCCUUUUUUGGAUUUAUUGUCCUUCACGAGCCGAAGCUGUACACUCAGCAUGGACAGGUGAAGGACGACCUGGAACGGACCCUGCGCUAUUGGGACCGAGAUCAUAUCGUCCUCCGCUUCAGCCGCGUCUUCUGCAAGAAGAAUUUCAAGCCAGGCGCCUUCUACAAGAGCAAGGGCGGCAUCUCGGCGAGCUUGGGGGGCCGUGAGGCACACCAGGCAGAGGCCGCGAACGCCUUGCAGAAGUUGGUGCGAGAGUUCUACCGAUAUAUUCGGCUCCCAGCACCUGCUUAUGACCAAAAGAAGGACGAGAAAGGAGAGUUGAAGUUUAGUGAUGGCCAACCUGUUUGGAAAGCCAACGUUUCCAACUGUGGAGUGGUCUUUUUGCGCGACUAUAAGAGAUACACGACGGCACCUUGGGCAGUUGUGGAGUUUUCUCGAAUGCCUCGAUCCCACACCUCAUGAAUGGGUUGUCAAACUAAAUUACUGUACCAAUUCGUAGAGAUUUGUAGCCUGUGGCUUUCCUGUUUCUUGAGGAAAUGUAGCCUCUUCUUGCAUGUUCAGGGUCAAGGUUAUCAGUCAUCAUUAAACAUGCUUCUUGAGGACCUUUUUGAUCAAUCUUUGCUUUGAACUUCGGCCCAGGCGCCCAAAGGCAUGGCGUGUCGUUUAAGCUUCGUGUGCGUGGAGUGCCGGCAAACGCCGCAGAAGAACUGUGACCGCUGUUGCCAGCCGAUCCCAAAAGAGGUGGGUGUACUCAGCGAGGCGGUGACUCGAGUGGAUGCACGGCGGGUGACGAGCUCGGUGAUGGGAAGGGGGGUGGAACGUCGCGUUGACGACCUGUUGAAUCCUGUGACUUGUGAUGUGGACAUAAUCAUAUGCUCAGAUUUGCUGCAUUUUGCUGCAUUCAUUUCCGGUGGUGUUCCGGAUGUCUUGCCCAAUGCUUUCAGGCUUGGCGAUGCUUUCUGGCGGAGAACCGUGCCGCUCUCCAAGCAAUGGGAAUCCCAGGCGAAUCGGCGCGAGGUUUACGCGCCAUAGCCCGUGAGUGGGAGAACUUGGAGCCCAAAGGCCUCUAUGAGAUGAUGGCGUCUGCCAAAUUGGAAAGAGACCAGUGGAGCCCGAUCCGAAAGAAGCACCGCGCGACCGAAAACGGGCUGCGAGCGCGGCUUUCAGUCAUGCUGUGAGACAGCCCAUCCUUGAAAAGGUUUGCAAGGUGAUCAGGUGACCUCCUUUAUCAUGUGGAGCUACCAGCAACAGGUUUGUUUUGGUAUGCUCAAAAGCGCCACAUGCUGCUGUGUCUGUGUUAGGCAUAGAGCCACAUCUUGGCACACCCAGAGAGGUCGCAGCGCUCAUAGAUGGCC